AUAUCAUCUCAGAAUGAAGCGAUCAUCCAAACAAAUAAUGUGCAGCAAUUCUCGGUAUCUCGAAGAUCGUUGUUGGAUGUGAACGGAGUGAACAUAGAUGGGAAGUCCUUCCCUAUUUCAUCCGAAGAUGACAUAAAGAUAUUUCGCAGAAGAGCUGGCUCAUGGAGAGUAAGGCCCCUUUAUCGGAUUAUUUCCACUGAAAAGCCCCUCAUUAUCAUAAUUCCCAAGGACUCUGAAUCCGGUCUUUCUCUUGCUUUGCGCCUUGCUCAUAACUUAGCUACGUAUCUAAGGCUCGACAUACAAAUCCUUUACGACAACGAGGCGAUUUCACAACUCCAGAGGGAGACUUUUGGUUGCAGCAAUUUGAUCAUCAUUGGCGGGUAUAAUAAUAAGUUUGGACAGUACAUACUUUCCGGGAACCCCAGCCCAAUAAGAUUUACUCGCAACGGAUGGACAUUGGCAAGUAGAACCUAUGAAACACCUGGAAUAGGUAAGCUCCUUGGCUAUCAAUACGGGAAAUUCUCAUCUUUCGAAUAG